UCAAUCUCUAGCAACGUCAAAAAAGCCUCCAGGAAGCACGCCGAUCAUAUCACGAAAACAUGAAGGUCAUCACCGCCAAUUUUGUGACCUGUGCUGUUAAGGAGUGCAAGACAUCCCCGACAUCAUUUCCUUUGCACUUCCACGAUGCCGAGUUGGAAAUGCAGGAGCUUGAUUUCCAGCCAGAGUUCAUUCGAAAUGUGAUUCCCCGCAUUGAUUGGGAGGGACUGCGAGUGACAGCGAAUGAGCUCGGAUUUCCUAGUCUACCGGAAUCUAAACCGGAAGGCGAGGCACUCAGUGACCAACAGACCUUGAAAGACUUGCACCGACUGCUGUUAGAAACCCAAGUCAUGGAGGGCAAAUUGAUCUGUGGCAACUGUGGGCACGAAUACGUGAUCAAGGAGGGGAUCGCCAAUUUCCUUCUCCCAAGCCACCUAGUCUGAGUCUUGAUGCGCCAUGGCCAAUUCACAUGCCGACCCUUUGAUACCCCACUCAGAAGCAAGAGAUAGAAAAAACGACAAGC